AUGUCUGAAGGAGCAGGGUGGGCACGAAAUCCAUGUGUCAUGAGGCCUGUGAAAUUGUUUGUGCCUUGUGGCUUGGUCAAAAUCGUCAAGACUCAAUUGGAAAGCAACAGUGAAAAGUUUACCAAGCCCAAGAUAUCCACAUCAGAUGACAUCAAAUUUCGUGUCGUUUCUUUCAAGUUUCGCUUCGAGUACUCACAAGCAAGGCAAGAGAAUGGAUGUGCCAUUCCAGAAGAUCUGGACGUGUUGGACUUGUGCGGUUUAGCGGAAUUCGCUACGGAGGUUCGAGUGUUGACGUACGAUGCACUCAAUGAGCAUGAACAAAUGAGCGCUAUUCCACACUACCGUGAUGGCUCAACAGUCGAGAGUCCGUUUACCAAAGUUCUCAGAGAUUGGUUUCAUUCAGGUCUGAUGACAGAGAUCAAUUUGAGGACUAAGGAGGGCGUGCACGAGGAUUUACAAACGCUUGAGAAAAGCCUACGGUCCUACACUAUCUAUCCUCCAUUGAUGCUACUAGCCAACAAUUGCUUUAAAGACUGGCCAAGAAAUCUGGUGGACAUUCUCCGGUCCGAACGUGGCACGAAACUAUACGAGUUACUCUGCGAAACAUUUAAAGUCACCCACAUCGGCCUUCGAGGCGAAAUUUCACCGAUGAUUUCCCACGCCGGAAAGUGUUCAAAUACAGCAGUGUCAAACUGCGUGUUGGUAAAUGUUCGAAGAUCACCCGUAUCAUUUACACCACUCUACGGCGAUUUUGGGCCUUUGUUACUGCUCACUCAACGCCCAAGCCAGGACGACUUUGCACAGGCAUUUUGGUGUUCGGUACGACAGAAUGGUAUCAUUCAAACUUGGGCGCCACGGUACACGAUGUUUGCUCGUGGCAACAUCUCUGAGAAAAGCCGAGUAACAGAGCUUGAGUCACUAAAACCAGAAAGACUAGGGUGUGCAAUCGGACAUACAAGCGCUGUAGACUUGUACGCUGGGAUCGGUUACUUUGCUUUCAGUUAUGUGAAGGCAGGUGUUUCUACUGUACUCUGUUGGGAAAUCAAUCCUUGGAGUGUCGAGGGAUUGCGACGGGGCUUUAGGGCAAAUAGUUGGCCCUUGCUAUCUCUCCGACAUGGUGAAAGCAUUGACUUUUCGGCAAUAGAGUCGAGCAAAAUGAUAGUGUUUGAAGAGAGCAAUGAAAACGCUUCAGAAAGACUUGAUUCGAUCAGACAGAGAAUUGCGCCUGUCAGACACGUCAAUUGUGGCUACCUUCCUAGCUCACAAUCAAGCUGGAAGACAGCAAUCGAAGUUCUCGACAAAAAACAGAUUGGCUGGAUUCACGCUCACGAGAAUGUUGCAAAGGAUGACAUUGGAAAGCGAAAAGCACAAAUCGUCUCUAUCUUCGAAGGACUAGUUGCAGAGUCAAGAAGUCAGAGAAAGCUAGUGAAUAGCCGGGUAGUGUGCGAGCACCUUCAGCGCGUGAAAUCAUAUGCACCAGGUGUUAUACAUUGCGUUUUCGACAUAGCAAUCGUGCCAAUAUAG